GGACCACUAAAUAUCUUACUGGGUUUAACUAAUAAUUGGACUUUUUUUUUCAUAUAAUGUGAUUACAAUUUUCCACAAAUUUUCAUGUACCUACCUCAUAGACCUACGUAUGACCAUUGAUUAUAAAUAAUAUUAUUUAUAACCAAUGGUAUGACCUACCUCCCUCCCAAAUACCCAAACUAAUUGUAUUAAAAUUAAAAAAUCUCAUCUUACCUUAAUCCCCCUUAUCUCACUCCGCCCCGCGCCUGCACUCACUAGAUAUGAAAUCGGGAUUAUCAAUGCCUUACUGUCACAGAAUUAGAUAUAUGUGUAAUUUAACCCGUUUGUUAUUAUAAUUGUGGAUUAUCAUUAUAAUAAUUUAUUUCAUAGUAUGGUGCUGGCUUUUGUGGUGCUAUCUUCACGAUCAUCUGUAUGCGCCAAAGUAAACAAUGUGGUUAUUGUUCGUUAAAGUUGUUAUUAUGAAAUAUCUAAAUUAUCAGCAAGUUAGUUAGCAAGAUAUAUUUUAGCAUUAUGCAAGCUAAACAGAGAUACGUUUUACUAUGGAUUGCUGUUUUGUUCUUAAUAGUCUUAUGUUUAUUGAAAAUAACUUGUAUCCCCAAAAAUCUAAAUCAUGAUAGUUACAAAACUAGCAACCUGGAAGAGUUACCAUCAUUUACAGAUGAUUGGGAACAAAAAACAGAAAUUGGUCGUCCACCAGCAGCAAAAACCUAUGAGGCUAGAUAUCAUAACAUUCCUUACCAUUCAUCAUAUAGAAAAACGAAUAAAAAUUGCAGGAUGGAAACCUGUUUCGACUCAUUACCUUGCGACAAAAAUUUCCAUGUUUUUGUCUAUCCUUUAUCAGAACUUGAUAAUAAUGGCCUAAUGACUUCAAGCCGUAGUAUUUUAUAUCAAAAAAUGCUUGAUAUUAUUUUGGAAUCAAGAUAUUAUACAGAUGAUUACACCAAAGCUUGUGUUUUUGUGGUUGCCAUUGAUACUCUGGACCGUGAUCCUCUUUCGCCAGAUUAUGUACGUAAUAUUCCUGUAAAAAUGCAAAGACUCAAGCACUGGAAUGGUGGACGUAAUCACAUUAUUUUUAAUCUUUAUUCUGGUUCAUGGCCUGAUUAUAAUCAAGAUGAUCUUGGAUUCUACACUGGUGAUGCCAUUCUAGCUAAAGCUAGUAUGUCAGUCACAAAAAUGAGACCUGGUUUUGAUAUUUCUUUUCCACUUUUUCACAAGAAACACCCAGAAAAAGGUAGCGAACCUGGUUUUGUUCGUUCUAAUACAUAUCCAAUAACAAAAAGGUAUAAAUUGGCUUUUAAAGGAAAGAGAUAUGUUCUUGGAAUUGGAUCAGAAACUCGCAAUUCUCUUUUUCAUUUGCACAAUGGAAAUGAUACAAUAGUAGUGACAACAUGCAAACAUGGAAAAAAUUGGAAAGAUGCUAGAGAUGAAAGAUGUGAUGUUGAUAACUAUUUAUAUGAAAAGUAUGACUAUAGUGAAUUAUUACAAAACUCAACAUUUUGUCUAGUACCCCGAGGUCGUCGCUUAGGAUCUUAUAGAUUUUUGGAAGCAUUGCAAGCUGGUUGUAUACCCGUUUUAUUAUCCAAUAAUUGGGCUCUACCAUUUGAUGAAGUAAUAGACUGGAAUAAAGCUGUAAUUUGGGCUGACGAGAGACUUCUAUUUCAAGUACCGGAAAUUAUUCGUUCCAUACCAGAAAGUAAACUGUUUGCUCUGAGACAACAAACACAAAUACUUUGGGAGCAAUAUUUUAAUACAAUUGAAAAAAUAGUGUUUUCUACUUUUGAAAUAAUUAAAGAGCGUUUACCAAAACUACAAUCACGUGACGGAAUAAUAUGGAAUACAUCUCCUGGAGCUCUAGUAUCGCAGCAUUCUUACACAGAAUAUCUUCAUUUUAAUUUACCAUUUAAUUACCACUUACUUGGUAAAAAACCUACCUCCAAUUUUACUGUUAUAAUUUUUUCACAUCAUAAUAACCUUAAAAUACAAUUGAAUCGAUUGGUUCGGAGUUUAUCUGCCAGCAAAUAUUUAUCUCAAAUAAUUGUAAAUUUUUGUGGCGAUAAUAGAGGGAAAAGUGGUUUUCAAACAAUAGCAGGGACACGAAUAUUAGUGUCCUCCGGAAAUGGUUGUAGGCGAUUUGAGCCAAUGCCAUUCAUAAAGACUGAAGCUGUGCUAUCUUUAGAUGAUGAUGUUAUUUUAACUGCUGAUGAAAUAGAUUUUGCAUUUCAUGUAUGGCAAUCAUUUCCUGAUAGAAUUGUUGGUUUUCCCGCCAGAUCACAUUAUUGGGAUAGUAGCAAGGAUUCUUGGUUGUAUUCAUCCAAAUGGACAAAUGAUUACUCUAUCAUACUCACUGGUGCUGCAUUUUACCAUCAAUACUAUAAUACACUUUAUACACAUUGGUUGAGUCCAUUAUUAAUCAAAACUGUUGAGCAGUCUCAUAAUUGUGAAGACAUACUUAUGAAUUUUCUGGUCAGUCAUGUUACCCGCCGACCUCCAAUAAAAGUAUCACAAAGAAAAUACUACAAAGAACAAGGGAAUAAUGGGAUGUCAAAAUCUCCGUGGAAUGAUGCAGACCAUUUUAUGCAGCGGCAAACUUGCUUGAAUACAUUUGUAGCUCUUUUUGGCUAUAUGCCAUUACUACAAUCGAGCGUUCGCUUAGAUCCAAUUCUUUUCAAAGAUCCAGUAUCAAAUUUUCGUAAAAAAUAUAAGCAAAUUGAACUUGUUUCUAAUUAGGAACUAAAUAUAUUUAAUACUACUAGUUCCUAUGUACAAAAUUAAUUUAGUAUUCAAUAAAAACAAUUACAAAUAUUUGAUUACAGGAUCAAAACGAAUUAAGACAUUCCAUCACAAUUUUUCUAAGUUUCAGUCUCCAGAACUUAUCUUUCUUGUCACAAAAUAUGUGAGUUGACUUUUCAUCCACUUGAAUUAACGUAUCCUCAGAUUUCUUAAAAAAUCAGAAAACAAAUUAUUGAGCUUUUAUGUAUUAUUAUGCUGUUAUAGUACAUUAUUUUCUUGAUAAAACAUAAAAGAAAAAUCUGAAUUUGUAGUAUUUAUAUAAAAGUAUUAGUGUUAUAUUUGUUUAGACAAACUUUAUUUCGACCAAUAGUUUUACUAUGUUUGUAUUAACUGUAUUUAAAAUAGUUUGAAAUAAUAGACUGUACAUUACACAAACAUAAUAUUAGUGUUGUGUACUUACAAUAUGCACAGUAUAUCCAUGUGCAUUGUGUUCAAUUUUAGGGUCAUUGAUCCCUUCAUUAGACAAUGAUCGUAAUAGUUUGUCAACAUCUAAAUGACCCCAUUCAUAUGUUUUUUUAAACAAUGCAUCCAACAAAUAAGGAUCGUUGCAAUUAUUUGACAAUACUUCUUCUUUUAAAACCUAAAUAAUUAAGCUCGUCUUAAUGUUAUAUAAAGAAAUAACUAUCUCAAUGUCUGUCUUACAUCUAAUUUGUACUUGUUGUCUUUUGUAUCUAACACAGCUGUAAACUUUGAUGCUUUAAAUCCAGAAUGUAUUUCAUUUAGUGUGAUACUCACAACCAUUUCUGUACUAAAUGGUAUAUUCACAGAUUUUAUGUCCAAUUUUUCUGAUAUAACUUCUCCUCUUUUUAUAGUAAUAACUUUUCGAUCGACCUAAACAUUUAUUAUACUUAUAAUAUUAUAAUACUAAUGCACUAACUACACGUACUAUUAGGGAUUUAUAAUCAAGUAUUAACUCAAUAUAUUGGAACUCUCAAUAAUUCAGUCAAUAGAAUACACUAUAGUGAUUAUAAUUAUCAAACAUUUGAUAAAAUACAUACAUAUUAUUGUCUAUUGAGAACAUUUAUAGCUAUAAAUAUUACUGUAAUUAU